AUGCCUCGCUCCAUGGCCCCUCCUCCAUCCGGUGAAUUUUUGGUCAGGUUGGAGACUCCGUUCAAUGGCACACCCACCCACAUCAUCGACAUCACUGGCGAGCCCAACCGUUCUGCCAACAUCAAGCAGACUUUCCACCACGGAACAACCAUCGAGGAGAAGGUCGGCACAAUGUCCUCUGACGACGUUCAAGAAUUGAUGCGCCUCAUCUCUCAGCUCCGCGGUUUCCCUUCGCACGAGACCAAGGACGUCUAUGGCCUCGACAAGGUCCUCGAGCUCCACACUCUCGAGAUCAACUGGUGCAACCAGGAGAGCGACCCUGCCGCCAACGAGAUUGCAGACAUUCCCCCUGAGAGCAAGCAGACCUUCAAGGAUGUUGUCGACAGCAUUUCUGCUGCCGCUCGUCAGUUCGCCAAGGGCGACAACCCUCUCUAA